AUGGCCAUCCUGCUCAUCGACCAGCUCAGCUCGUCGGCCGCCGAAUUCCCAACGGUCAUCUGGUGGAAACUCAGGGCAGAGAUCCUCCGCAGACAGCUCUUCGACCAGCCAAUCCCUCUCCCCAGCCAGCUGCUCGAUCAGAUCCACCGUCUCGCCCAUGCUCUCCCCUCAGCCGAUCCCUGCGACCUUGACCUGUUGCCCAUGCUGACCCUCGAACGUGGGCUGGCUGAACAUCUGACGGGCAACGAGAAGGCGGCCAAUCGGCUGUUCAGAGACGCGGUCUCUCAGGCUAAAUUCGAAUAUCAACUGACUGGUAUCCCAGGAAAAAGGACCAAAUUCCAGGAAAAGGAGAUCAGUCAACUCGUCGUCCUGGCCCAAAGUCGCACUCGGCCCACCACCGCAACUGCCACUUCAUCCACAGCCGUCCCCAGCCCAUCCACCCAAGAGUCGAUGCCUGUCACCCUCACACUAGAUGACGAUACACUCAUGGAGAAAACUCAGUUCACCCAAUCAGCAGACUCGCCCUUGCAGCUCGACCCCUCAAACCAACCCAGCCUCUAUCCGCUCGACCAAGCACUCCUCCUAGCCCUCUCCCUCUCGAUCAAAAACACCAGCCCGGCCCACGGACUGACGAACGCCCAGAUGGCCCCAUUCAUCGAACGCGUGCUCGAGAACCCCAACAACUGGUCGAUCCACAGCAUGGCCCUGCUCAUCCGCAGUCGGCUCGAGGCCCAUCGCACCCGGACCGUCGAGCGAGGCCUGUUACAGCUCCAAGCACUGGUCGACCAACUGAGCAAGGAUGCCGAGAAUGACCCGGCCGACAAGUCCACGGCACUCGAGAGAGUCCGCUGGACAUGGAGUCUGGCGCUCCCCUCACGAUGGGAGCUCGAGAGGGAGCUCGGACAGAAAUUCAGCGGACUGGGCCUCACCCGGAGCGCGCUAGAGAUCUUCGAGCGCCUCGAGAUGUGGGAACACGUCGUCCAGUGUCACCUCAACCUGGACUCCAAGACGAUCGGUAUCAGUCUGGUCCGGGAACUCAUCGAGGGCAAGAAGAUCGAGUCGAGCCUCAAGAUGUCCCGCUCUCGCUCGACGAGGGAGCCGAAAAGACUCGGCAAACUCUGGUGUCUGCUCGCCGAACUCGAGGGCAAGCCCGAGCAUUGGGAGACCGCCUGGACCGUCAGCCAACACACCUCGAGUCGUGCCAUGCGCUCCCUGGGCGCACACCACUUUAUGCAGGGCGACUAUCCGAAAGCCAAGCAGUGUCUCCUCCGUGCCCUCGACAUCAACCCCCUCUUCAACAAGACCUGGUUCAUCUAUGGAUGUGCAGCGAUGAGGACCGACGAUUGGGAUGAGGCCGAGCGCGCCUUCCGGCGAUGUGUCGGCCUGGACGAUGAGGACGCCGAGGCAUGGAACAAUCUGGCAACGGUCCAUCUCAAGAAGGCCAGUCUGAUCGACGAGUCGGAGCAGCCGAAGGAGGGUGAAGAAGGCGAGCUGAAACUGAAGCCUCUGUUAUCUGAUGAGGAUGGUGACUUGGUAGGCGGUACCGAACCGGAAGACCAGUCCGAGUCAUUAUCAGGAGGCAAGUUUUCGCGGCCGAUGGCGGCGUUCUACGCGCUCCAACAGGCCGUCAAGCUGUCGUACGACUCGUGGCGGAUGUACACGAACUACAUGCUGAUCGCGAUGAGUGUGGGAGAGUACAUGGAGGCGACGCGGGCGUUUGGGCGGGUGAUCGAGAUGCGGGGGGAGGCGGGGAUGGAUAUGGAAGUGUUAGAGAAGCUGGUGAAGGUGAUCAAGCUGCAACGGUCGUGCGAUCCGGCCGGCACGGAGGGGACGAUCGAGAAGGCGGCGGCGGCGGACAGCAGACAGGGCAGACUGUUCGAGCGUCUCGUCGACGUCUUCGACCGCGUCGUGCUCCCCAAGACCCCCACUAUGCCCCUCGUCUGGGAGCUCCGAUCCGAGCUCGCAGAGCUCGGGGACCAGCCGGAGGCCGCCCUACGCUUCCAGAUGGAAGCCUAUCGCGUCGGCGUCUCGGCCACCACCGACCAAUGGCUCAGCUCCGUCGACCAAUGGCUCACAGCUACCGACCUCCUCAAACGCACCCUCCUGAAACUCAUCCGCAUCGGCCCCACCCUCUCCUCCCCCAAUACUACUACUACUACUACCAGUGAUACCCCUGCUGAAAAAUCCGCAUUUGUUAAUUGGAAAUGGCAGGCUAAAAACCUUGCUAAGAAUUUCUUGGCCAAGUCUCGUUCCACCUUCGAGUCUCAUCCCUCUUUUGAUCUUUUGGAAGAAUUCUCUGCUUCUCUUUUCUCGUAA